UGAUUGUAUAGUCUGUCUCUGAUAUCUAUUUUAUCAUUUAUUUUUCCGUCUAUGACAUGACAGUCUACCUCCCUUUUUGUUCUAAACACUUAAAUGAAUGAAAAUCAAGUAUUUUUCGUCAGUUUAAAGUAAAUUUUUACAGAAUUUGAUUAGAAUUCCCGCUGGAUGUGCUUACCUGAAAGCUGAAAACGAUGCCUUUGGCCAACGCCAGCGAUCCAUGGCGAAUGCAAAGUGUUGGAGAUGUCACGCGUGGCAUAACAGCACAGUCUGCAAAUAGUCUUCCAAUGGUUGUGGAAAAUUUAGCAGAGUCUCGACAGACAUCCACUACAGAGAGUCUUGAGUCAAGUGCAUCAAAUAUUGAUCAAAAUUAUGAAAGAGAAGUGGAACUUCAAGAUGUAGUUAAAGAAGGCCAUGAGAAGGCAGAUCCUUCUCAAUUUGAGCUACUGAAAGUUCUUGGUGAAGGUUCUUUUGGCAAAGUAUUUCUAGCACGCAAGGUUACUGGUCCUGAUACUGGUACUCUUUAUGCAAUGAAGGUACUGAAGAAGGCUACACUAAAAGUUAGAGACAGAGAACGCACAAAGAUGGAAAGAAACAUUUUAGUAGAAAUGGGCCAUCCGUUUAUUGUUAAAUUACACUAUGCUUUUCAAACAGCAGGAAAACUGUAUUUAAUAUUAGAUUUCCUACGUGGUGGGGAUCUGUUCUCCCGACUUAGUAAAGAGGUUAUGUUUACAGAAGAAGAUGUAAAGUUUUAUUUAGCUGAAUUAGCUUUAGCAUUAGAACAUGUGCAUAAAUUGGGAAUUAUAUACAGGGAUCUAAAGCCAGAAAAUAUUUUAUUAGAUGCAGAUGGGCAUAUAGCUCUCACUGACUUUGGUCUAUCAAAGCUACCUCCUAGUGAUAAAACUUACAGUUUUUGUGGUACAGUUGAAUACAUGGCUCCCGAGGUUGUAAAUAGGAAAGGGCACACAAUGGCUGCUGACUGGUGGUCUUUUGGUGUUCUAAUGUUUGAAAUGUUGACGGGAAAUCUACCAUUCCAUGGCUCCACCAGACAUGAAACAAUGACUCAAAUCCUUAAAGCGAAAUUAGGUAUGCCUUCAAAUUUGAGUGAGGAGGCACAAUCUCUUUUACGUGCGCUGUUCAAGAGAAAUCCACAUAAUAGAUUAGGAGCUGGUCCUAAUGGUAUUGAAGAUAUAAAGAGUCAUGAGUUUUUUGCAAGCAUAGAGUGGGAUGCAUUGUUAAGGAAAGAGGUGGUGCCCCCGUUCCGGCCGGCGGUGUCUCGCGCCGACGACGCGUUCUACUUCGACUCCGAGUUCACGUGCCGCACGCCGCGCGACUCGCCCGGCGUGCCCGCCUCCGCCAACGCGCACGAGCUGUUCAGAGGUUUCAGUUUCGUGGCUCCGUGCUUACUGAAUGAUGAAGACAACAAAACUGUCACAAAUCAAAAUCAGAACCAUAUAGCACAAACCAAGACAUCAACUGAAGAAUUCUGGGCUGGUUUUGUUAACAAGAAUAAAUUCUUCGAUGAGUAUAGAUUAAUGGGUGAAUUGGGCACUGGAUCUUUUUCGGUAGUACGACUUUGUGAGCACAAAGCUUCUCGGACACAAUAUGCUGUCAAAAUCAUGGACAAACUACAAUACGAUCCCCGAGAAGAGAUUGAGAUUCUAUUGAGAUACAGCCAGCACCCGCACAUCAUCAGCCUGCGCGGCGUGUACGAGGAGGGCGGGCGGCUGCUGGCCGUGACGGAGCUGUGCCGCGGCGGCGAGCUGCUGGAGUACAUCACGCAGCGCCGCCACCUGCCCGAGCGCGAGGCGGCGCGCGUGCUGCGCAACGUGCUGCACGCCGUGCACUACCUGCACCGCCACACCGUCGUGCACAGAGAUAUCAAGCCUUCAAACAUUCUGUUCGCAACUGCUGAGAGACGACCGGAGGACGUCCGCCUCGUCGAUUUCGGACUAGCGAAGCAGUUGCGUGCAGAGAACGGGCUGCUCAUGACCCCUUGUUACACCGCCAACUUUGUUGCGCCGGAAGUUCUCAAGCGCGCCGGUUAUGACGCUGCUUGCGACAUAUGGAGCUUAGGAGUACUCGCAUAUAUUAUGUUCUCCGGUAGAACACCUUUCGCAUCUACAGGAGACGACACACCCGAGGCAAUUUUAGCCAGGAUCGAAUCUGGAAAGGUGGAGACGUCGAGCGGCGCGUGGCGGCACGUGUCGGCGGAGGCGCGCGCGUGCGUGCGGCGCAUGCUGCAGCUGGAGCCCGCCCUGCGGCCGCGCGCGCACGAGCUGCUGCGCGAGGCGUGGCUGGCGCGCGACGAGCCCGAGCCGCCGCCGCCGCCGCGCGCCGCGCCGCCCUCGCACGACGACGCGCCCGCGCCGCAGGACCUGCGCCGCGCCGUCGACCUCACCUACCAGGCUAUGACUUCAGCUCCAAUGACACCUCAUAUAUUAGGUCCUGUAACUCAAUCGACUCUGGCGCAGCGUCGAAUUAAACCACAACGUCGGUUCCCGCCCACACAAGUUUAAAGUAACGAAAAUGUUAAAUGUAAAUAAUAUUGAAGAGCAAAUAUUAAUUUUCAAAUGCGCCUACUGCUGGUCGAAGAAAAGAAAAUCAAAUGCAUUGACCCAAAAGACAAGUAAAAACUUUCAUAAAUCCUUUAUGUUGUAAUACUAUCUCUCCUAGUCAACUUAAAAUUCAACAAACCAGGUUUUGGUACAAUUUAUAAAACGGUUUUUUUUUGUAUGCAAUCGGUACCUAUUGAAAAUUCAAGAAUGCAAAAUUUUUAGUUCAUUUAAAUAAUUUUGAAUAAUUAUUUAACUAACUAUUAUUAACUGUCCUUAAGCUAAGAUAAAUAUGAUCAAUAGUAUUAAAGUUCUAAUGUUCAAAUAUUUUUUAUCUUCACAUAAAUUUUUGAUAUUGAAAAUGAUUAUUUUUUCCAAUGAGAUUGUAUAUUGUUAAUUUAGUGAUCUAGGUAAGAUGAUUGACUGCAUACUUAAAUGUUAUGAAUAGCCCCAAUUUCAACUCUUUAAGUUCGAAUGAAUUCAAAGGCACAUUCCAAAUUCUAAUAUUAAUUUAGUUAGUAAUUUAUAGGAAGAUUAAAAAAUAUAUAAAAAUAAUAUAGGCCAAGUUGUCUUCCUAAUUAUAUUUAAAAUUAAGAGAUAAUUAUAUUAUUUAAAACAUUUGUUUGCUACCCACCUUUCUUUAGUCCUACAGUGCCAUUAGAAAAAAUCCCACUGAAAACUAUUUUUUUUUACCUGUGCAAUAAAAACUUAAUUUCGCAUGAGAGUAAUCAAAAUACUUAUCUUUAUUUUUAUACAGUAUUAAUUUAGACUCGCAUCGUAACUACUUCUUACAUUCUAUAACAAAAUUUUAUUUAUAUUUUUAUAAGAGAAAAAUAUUAUUCAUUAGUUAAGAUAGUCACGUAAGUUUUAAAAUAUUGAUGAGAAAUGUAUAUUUUUACCAAUAUUUAUUUCUGCUAUAUGAUAUUUUUUAAUAAUAUUUCUAUGGCCUAAUGCUAUUUAUGGAAUUAUUUUCAUAAUAUCUUAUUAAAAAAUUAAAGAAUCAAAUGUCAGUGGUUAUAAAUGAUCUUUUAUCGUUUCCUAAUUUAUCGAAUGACCAAUAAAAUAAUAAAUUCUACAAUAACAGGUUAUAAUUACACGCUUAAGGCAAACAUAUACUAUUUUUUCGUUGAAAUAUGUAUUUUCUAUCUUAGAAUAUAAGUAACUAUGUCUAUUUCGUUAUAUGCUUUAAUUAGCGGUAUAUGCUACAUAAUUUCUGAUGUAUUUACAAAGUCGCAAUCAAUUCUACUAUUUAUAUAUUUUUAUGUGUGACUGUUUAAUUACUCUCUUAAAAUUAUGUAACUGCCAGCCUGAAUUAUUUAAUAUAAUAAAAAUUAAUGCCUGGCGACAUUUUUCACAUAUUUCACUGUAUUAUUAAAAAUGUAAUAUUAUGUAUUAUCAUGAUUCCUUAAAAAACAGUAUUUUCAUAUUCAUAAAAGAAAAAAAUAUGUAUUUAGGUAGAAAAUUUAGUAUUUUAAAUGUGGCGGUGGUGGUUUUAAAAAUUCUAUAACAAUAUUUAAUGUAUAUUUUUGUAUUUUAUGAUAAUAAUCGUUUUAAUUUUUUUGUAUUAUUGUAUUCCAUAUUCAAUUAUUAUUGCUAUGUUAUAUGUUAUUCAUAAUAGAUUUACUUAACCAAAGAUUUUUAUAUAUUAUAGUGAGGAUGUCACAAUUUUAUCUAUGCCAUAGUAGCGAUAUUGCUGGCAAGUUUGUAGUAUUGUUGCUAAGGAAGUCGAAACGAAAUGAUAGUGAGUUGGCGAUCGUACUUAUACGACAAUUAUAUACCAACCAUUAAUCAAGCGUUUUUAAUAUUACUUUCUUAAAUUAAAUUAUCAAAAAUUUAUAUGUAUGAUUAUUUUUCUAUAAAGCGAUGCAUAAUAUAAAGAAUUGUUAAUAUAUUUUCAUAAUAAUGCAUCACGAGAACAAAAUGUACCAUUAAAUGCAAUUUUUUUUGGGCAACUUGCAAACGGCAUUUAGGAAAAAUUAUAUUGGACGUGGAUACUUAAAAUGUCACA